AUGUCCCAAGUACAUCAACAAGAAAUCAGCGAUGAGGAAUCCGAAGAAGAACAGACACAACUUCAACCCCCUCCAAACCCUACAGGUGGCCGCAAACCCGCGAAACCCGCGAAACUCGCACAAAAGGCACCCCCCCCCUCCCCGGCACAAGAGUAUCAGGACGAUGUAGUCCCAGCUCCUCUUCCUGAGCGAAGGAUUGGUCCGAUUCGCGAAUCGCGGUUCAAGGAUCGACCAGCAAAAGUGGGCGAGAAGGACAGCAGCUUAAAGAUCAAAAUUGAGCUGGAUCUGGAAGUCGAGGUAGAGCUCUAUGCACGGGUUAAGGGCGAUGUGACCAUUGGAUUGAUGUGA